AUGGCAAAGUUAAGCAAAUAUAGUUUAGAAAAAUACAAUAGUUUACCGCUUCCUGAACUUGCAAAUGAUGAACUAAAAAAGAAAGAAGUUGAAUUCAAAGAAUUACUAAAUAAUUUUAUUCUUCUGAUCAAAAAGUAUAAUCUUGAAUUGGGACUCCGACUACUUCAUAGUCAUAAUAUACCCUUGGAAGGUGAACAAGCUAUGGUCGAAAAGUUUGAUUAUUUUGAAACUGAACCCGCAUUAAUUACAUUGGCAGAUUCUCCAAAUGAAUCUUAUCCGGCAAGUUGGAUUCUAGUCGAUGACCAAUAUCUUGUUUUCGAAUAUUCAACAGAUUUAUACGUAAAGAAAGUAUAUGAAAGACUUGUUGAGGAUUCAUACGUGCUAGAUGAGAUUAGUAUGCUUAUCAGAAAGUAUAAUCUAGAUUCUUUAAUUGGUCCUUGCAUUACUACAAGGGAAACAUUGAGCAAGUUUGAUAUAAGAGAAGGUCAAGCUUUUGUUGAGCAUACUAUCAAUAUUGAUGAUAAAUUUGUUAAUAUUGUUCAAAGUAGACCGAACGAAUCUGCAGUUAAAG